AUGAGGGAGUUAGCUGAAGUCAUGACUGUAAAAUGUGUAGCAAAGUUUCUGUCGAGGAGAGGGGAUCAAGAUUUGCUUGAUAGGUUUUUCCUUAUGGCAUGGGCUUUCUGGUAUAGGCACAAUAAGAUGGUCAUUGAGCAUAUUAAGUUGGAACCUUUGCAAGUUGUUAACCAUGCUUUAAAUUUGCAAUGUUCUCUUAAUGUCCCUAGAGUUGAUCCAUCUCUUAAGGUGAAUAAGAUGUGUUGUUGGAAUGCUCCUCCUUGUGGUUUUUUCUAUCUAAAUGUAGAUGGUGCAAUAUUUUUUUACAUUCACAAAGCUGGUGUUGGUGCUGUUGUAAGGGAUGAAAAGGGGAAUGUGGUUUUGGUAGUCAACAAGAUAGAGCAUGAAAGUGAUAGUCUGCUUAUGGUUGAAGCUUUACAAGCAAGGGAGGACUCUUUAUCACCUCAGGGUAAUCUGCUGCAGGAUGUAAAGAGAAUACUGAAGAAUUUUGAUGAUUUUCAGGUCCAGCAUGUGUUGAGGAUGGGAAAUCAAGUUGCUCAUCAAUUGGCAAGAUAUGCUUGGAAAGUUACAUAUGUGGAGAUGUGCAUAGGCUCUGUCGCAAUGUGUGCUUCUCAAUCUGUUUGGUUGGAUCAAUUUUAUUUGUAA